AUGAAUACCUACGGAUCUCCCUACAUGUACAUGGCCGGCCCGGUGUCCCAGCCCCGGCCCCCUCUGCAGAGGACCCCCAAGUGCGCCCGCUGCCGGAACCACGGCGUCCUGUCCUGGCUGAAAGGGCACAAGCGUUACUGCCGCUUCAAAGACUGUACCUGCGAGAAAUGCAUCUUGAUCAUCGAGAGGCAGCGGGUGAUGGCGGCGCAGGUGGCCCUCCGGCGGCAGCAGGCCAACGAAUGCAUCGGCAGCCUCAUUCCGGACAGCAUCCGAGCCGUGCAGGGCAUGGCUGGGGCUGCUGGCGCUGCCGAGUCCCGGCACACUCCAGCCAAGAGCGCCGAGAGCGCACUGCGCUGGGAUCCCGAGCAACCUCACAGCCUCCCGGAGCCCAGGGCUGAUAUAAGCGACGAACAAUUAGAUGACCAGAUUAGAGAUGAGACCACAGAAACAUACAAUGACAAAGUGUCAGGACAGACAAAUUCACCAGAGGUGGUUAAAGACAAGAAUUGCUACACAUCUGACAGCCCCGAAAUGCCAGUGGCUGAUGAAGAACGGUUACCUAUUGAAAAGAGUGGCAACAGCUUGGAAACAAUACCCGAAAGCUCCAAGUUUAAUCUGGAUCAGAGCCAAAUGCUGAUGGAGGGACUAUCUGGAGCUGUGUCAGUUCCCUUUUCUUUAAAAGGUAACAGACCUCCUAUAGAAGUGCUGAAGAAGAUCUUCCCAAAUCACAAACCUACAGUCCUUGAGCUGAUUUUGAAAGGGUGUGGUGGCGACCUUGUUGGUGCCAUUGAAAUUCUUCUGUCAAGUCGCUCUGAUAGAUCUUCAGAAGCCCCUGAUGUCUUGAGUGUCUCAUCCAAUGGACAGACAUUUUUUGAACAUGCUUUUGGGUCCUAUCCUGUUGCCUCCUCCAAAUGGUCUGUUGGGUCAGCCUUCAGGGUCCCAGAUUCCUUGAGGUUCUCUAACGAUCCUGGCAGUGUCAUGUCAAGCCCACUGGCCAUGCCAUUACAGCACCAAUUUCCUCAACCUCCUCGUUACCCACUGGUUCUGAGGAACACCUUGAGCAGAAACCAGGCAAGUCCAUUUAUAUCAAACGAUGUUGCUCUUUGGAACACCAUGACACUUCAGCAGCAAUACCAGCUCAGAUCCCAGUAUCUCACCCCUUUCCCAAAUGCUUCAGCUGGCAUCUUUCGCAGUUCACCAGUCCUUCCUUCUCACCCUACUAAUGAUCCCAGGCUUUCAAUUGCUGAUGAAGGCUGUUCGAUGGUGACCAAACAACCCAUUUAUGCAGAGGAGGACUAUGAUGAGAGAUCGGAUUCUGCAGACUCUAGAAUAUUGAACUCAUCCUCUUAA